AUGUUGAUAGUGAAAGAAGAUGUUGAGAAAUAUAUUUCUCUAUUGAGGAGAGAACCUACCAAAUUCUAUUUGAUGCCAGAUGUGGUGGCUUCAUCAGGAAGCAUGAUCGUGGUCUCAAACAGGCUGCCGUUCGUGCUGCAACGAGAUAAAGAUGGAAAAUUAUUUCGCAAAGCUAGUGCUGGUGGUCUGGUGACGGCAGUAGCGCCGGUGGUGAUAAAUGGGGGUGGUUUGUGGGUGGGGUGGCCUGGAAUGCACCUGGAGGAUAGCUCCGAACCCAUGCCCGAAUCAGAUCCGACAGAUAUCACCCCCACCGCUGGCUUGAAAUCUGAAAAGGUGGUCGCUGUGCAAAUGGACCCAGCCAUCUUCGACUCGUACUACAACGGCUGCUGCAACGCCACCUUCUGGCCUCUCUUUCACUCGAUGCCCGAUCGAGCUUCCUUCAAGCGGGACCACUGGAAGUCGUACGGCAUAGCGAACAAGGAGUUCGCCGAGUGCGCUCUGAAGGCGCUGCGGUCGCUGCCGAAAACCUCCACCGAAGUACCGCUCAUUUGGAUCCACGACUAUCAUCUCAUGUUAGCCGCCAACUGGAUCAGACAAGCUGCCGAAGAAGAAGAUAUCAAAUGCAAACUAGGGUUCUUUUUGCACAUCCCUUUUCCAUCGUGGGACAUCUGCCGCCUGUUCCCUUGGGCCGACGAGAUCCUGCAAGGGAUGCUGGGUUGCGACAUGGUAGGCUUCCACAUCACCGACUACUGCCUCAACUUCGUCGACUGCUGCCAGAGGAGUCUCGGCUGCAGGGUCGACAGGAAGAAUCUUCUAGUCGAGCACGGCGGUCGAACUGUACGUGUGAGGCCCCUGCCCAUCGGUAUCCCCUACGAGAGGUUCGUCGAGCUGUCAGAGAAGGCGCCGAGAGUGCUUUCCACCAAUCAGAAGAUCAUCCUUGGCGUUGACAGACUAGACUACACGAAAGGUCUUGUGCACAGGCUCAGAGCCUUCGAAAAACUCCUCGAGAACCACCCAGAGCACAUCGAAAAAGUGUCUCUUCUGCAGAUCUCCGUUCCUUCCCGCACUGACGUCAAGGAGUAUCAGGACCUGAAGGAGGAGAUGGACCAACUGGUGGGCCGCAUUAACGGUAGAUUCACCAAGCCGAAUUGGUCGCCGAUCCGGUACAUCUACGGUUGCGUGAGUCAGGAUGAGUUAGCUGCGUUCUACAGGGAUUCGGCCGUAGGACUGGUCACCCCCUUAAGGGAUGGCAUGAACCUGGUGGCCAAAGAAUUCGUCGCUUGCCAGAUCAACGUGCCCCCAGGGGUGCUGAUAGUGUCGCCCUUCGCGGGGGCUGGAGAGACCAUGCACGAGGCCCUCAUCUCCAACCCCUACGAGAUAGACGAUGCGUCAGAGGUCAUACACAGGGCCCUCACGAUGCCUGAAGAUGAGCGCAUCCUGCGCAUGAACUACCUGCGCAGGCGCGAGAAGCUGAACGACGUCAACUACUGGACGAAAUCUUUCCUUUCGGCCAUGGGAUCAUUGCUGACCCAAGGCGAACAGGACGACGUGGGGUCCAUCACUAUGCCUGCCGUGACCUUGGAUGACUUCGAUGAGUACCUGUCCAAAUACAUUGGAAGCACACAUAAACUAGCCCUCCUCCUGGAUUACGAUGGCACUUUGGCUCCAAUCGCACCACAUCCAGAUUUGGCCGUUAUCCCAACAGAAACCAAGAACGUUUUGCAGAGGUUAUCGAAUGUCUCUGAUGUGUAUAUAGCGAUUGUCAGUGGUAGAAACGUUAACAACGUCAAAGAAAUGGUGGGAAUUGAUGGUAUCACUUAUGCGGGCAACCACGGUCUGGAAAUCCUACAUCCCGAUGGGACCAAAUUUGUUCACCCUAUGCCUACGGAAUUCCAUGACAGAGUAGGCGGACUGAUGAAGGAACUUCAAGAGAAAGUGUGCAGGGACGGCGCAUGGGUGGAGAAUAAGGGGGCACUUUUGACCUUCCACUUCAGAGAGACUCCAGUGCAUCUCAGGCCACCCUUGGAGAGGGAAGCCACUGCCCUGAUCGAAGCUGCAGGUUUCAACGCUGCCCAAGCCCAUUGCGCCAUCGAGGCCAAACCUCCGGUGCAGUGGAACAAGGGAAGGGCCUCGAUUUACAUCCUCAGGACGGCUUUCGGAGUGGAUUGGUGCGAAAGGAUCAGGAUCAUAUACGUGGGAGAUGAUGCCACCGACGAAGAUGCCAUGCAGGCUCUGAAAGGCAUGGCCGCCACCUUCCGAGUAACCUCAUCCCAAAUCACGAAAACCUCGGCGGAACGACGCCUUCCCUCCACCGACUCCGUGCUGACGAUGCUCAAAUGGGUGGAGCGCCAUCUGGCGAGGCGGAAGCCCAGUCUCGAUCCGACGAUGUACAACAGGCGGAAUUCCGCUCAGGUGGAGAAUCACACAAUCCAGAUGGAGAUGUCCAUUGCUCCGAUGGGGGCGACGAGUAAUGCGGCGCCAGUGGACGGCCAGAAAUUCUGUAAGAUACUGGAAUUGUACAGUGUGUGUCCAGUUGUCGAUGCUUUUCCGUGAUAUCUCAGUUAUCUUUGGAGAUCGUACCUUGCGGUUUUCGCCGUCUUGUGCCACAUUAUUAUG